CUAACACCAUCUAUCCAUCGAUCCCGCAAUCCCGCCACAGUUAAAAAAUAAUCGAGUAUGGAGGUAGUUGAGUUUUAGGCGGUUUUUGGUGGCGUUGGAUACGGUUGAAGAACCUGCCGAACCCGGAACACCUGCUGAUUAUCGCCACCAUGCCGGGACAAAAGCAGAUAUUAUCGUUUUUCAAGCCAGUGGGAGCCUCGAAAAGGUUGCUGUCGACCGAAGACGCCGAGAAGGCGCCCAAGAGAGCCAGGAAAGGCGAGGGCAGUGAGGAACCUGCAUCUGCAGACGAGAUUGAGCGGAAGCGGCUGCUGGCUAAGCUGAAGCUGCGGUGCCGAGCCACACCGGUGCUUACCGAGAGCUUCGGACUCGGCUGGUUCGCCGCCCUCGAGGCCGAGUUUUCCAAGGACUACUUCCACGAGCUGAGCCGGUUCGUGAUGGAAGAGCGGCAGCGCCACACGGUGUAUCCCGCCCACGAGGACGUCUUUGCGUGGACGCGCUGCUGCGACAUCGACAAGGUGGCUGUUGUCAUCUUGGGCCAGGACCCGUACCAUAACCCGGGCCAGGCACACGGCCUGGCGUUCAGCGUCCCCAAAGGAGUGGCUGUGCCACACAGCCUGAUCAACAUGUACCGGGAGCUGGAAGAAGACGUGCCAGGCUUCCAGAAGCCCCCGCACGGAAACCUGACCGGUUGGGCGGAGCAAGGGGUGCUGCUGCUGAAUGCAUGUCUGACGGUGCGUGCCCAUGCGGCCAACUCCCACAAGGACCGCGGCUGGGAGAAGCUGACGGAUGUGGUGGUGGGCUGCCUCAACAAGCGCCAAUCCAACCUCGCUUUCCUGCUGUGGGGUGCCUAUGCCCAGAAGAAGGGCGCCAUCAUCGACAGGAAGCGGCACCUGGUCCUGCAGUGCGCUCACCCGUCUCCCCUGUCGGCAUCGAGGGGCUUUUUCGGCUGCCGCCACUUCUCCAAGGCCAACGAUUACCUGGCACAGCACAAUCGACCCCCUAUCAACUGGGGACAACUGCCCUAAACCGGGCACACUCCCUCUCUCAUCUUUCGAAAAGCAUAAAGACAGUUUUAAGCAAGGCA